AUGGCUUCGUCAGACCCUCCCCCGGCAGACUGCACGGCGGGAAGUUGCGCGCCGGACCAGAAAGCCACAGCUCUUCCAUCAAGCAGUAAUGCUAAUGCAGACACACCCGCUGCCGAGCCUGAGCUGCCGAAACUCUCCGCGCAGGAUUUCCGCGUCUAUAACAGGUUGGCUGUCAUGAUGGACGCAUAUCACAACCAUUUUCGCUACACCUGGAAUCUGCUGUACAAAGCCUGCACUUCCGGGUCUCGGCCCGACGGCAUGUCUCUCCGCAGCUUCGUUUCCCAAGGACUGCACCUCUGCCACGCAUUGACAAUCCACCACACCAUCGAAGAACAACACGUCUUCCCGGAACUCGCUGAACGCAUGCCGGCCUUUGGGGCGCACGACCACCUCAUCACGCAACACGAACAGAUCCACGAGGGGCUGGAGAAGUUGGAGGAGUACCUGGACGCAUGCCGGAGUGGGGAGAAGGAGUUGAGGUUGCCAGAAUUGAAGGCCAUCAUGGACGCGUUCGGAGGGGUGUUGUGGGCGCAUCUGGAUGAUGAGGUGAGGAUGCUGGGCGCGGAGAAUAUGCGCAAGUACUGGAGCAAGGAUGAGAUCAUGGCCAUGCAGUGGUGA